GACUCUAUAUUGCUCGUAUAUAAACUGAUUAUGUCUUCAGACAAGCACGAUGGAGGAACGGCGCAGCUUAAGAUCAGUACCGCCAAAACAGGAAACGACCUAUUGCUAUCCGAACUUUUUCCAAACAACGAGGGAGAGACUUCCAUAAAGCAUGUUCUGUCAUCGUCAUUAUCUUCCUCCGGCAAGAUAAAAAGGGGCUCAUCACACCACCACAAGGACUCUCAAUUUCAGAAUGAACUUUUGGUGAAACCUAGAAGAAAGAGAAGAAUCUUAUCCUGUGAUAACUGUAGAAAAUUAAAGACUAAAUGUGUGAAUGAUAACUACAUUUCAGGAUGUGAAAGAUGCAAACGACUCCACAUUGAAUGUAACCUCCCAAAUAAGAAGGUAGGUACUAAGGUAGAGUCGGAUAACGAUGCCGACAAUGCUAACGGGAAGCAACAAUUUGGCUUGGCUGAACACGAUGAGGUAGAUACCAGAAAUUCCUUCAUACGAGUUUCCGCAGAGCUUCAAGAUAGGCUGACAACUGUGGAAAGUAACGUUACUUCAAUAGAUGACAAAUUGAAUAUACUGAUAGCGCUGCAGCAGAAGGCGAUGUCUUUGCACAAUCAGCAAAAUCAUGUACAUAUUCCAAUGUCCCAAAAGCAUCAAGUUCGACAAUCUUCUCAGGAUGGUUCUUUUGUCAGCAACACCGAAGCUUCGACGCCAUCGGUUGCCAACUUUGUGGAUUUAUCUGCCCAUCUUCCACUGCGUGAAGACUUGACUGCGCCUUUGAAUCUCAUUGGCAAGAUACAAUCCACUUUAAUUAGGAAGCCUCAUAUAUCUACCCCAAAAAGUGAUUUUGUGAAAGCCACUGACGAAUUUGUUGUCUUCUAUUACAAAAACGAGCAUCUUUGCUUGUUAUUAUCAAAAGAAUACCUUGAGGUUUUUCAUUAUUAUAUUAUACCAGGCGGUAUCAGUGCCAUUGACCGCGACUACGUCAUUGAACACCCUUUCAUUACAUGCGUAUUCGUACUAAUUGCAAUGACAGUAUCAAAAGAAUAUAAGAAUUCGGAAACUCGCCAAGUUGUGGAAAAGAUUCUCAAGAACAUAAUAUCCAGCAUCAAUGGAAAAGAGCCACUGACAGAUCAUGAUAUCGAAUCGAUUUUGUACGUGUGCAUGUAUGACAUUGGCGGGUUCGAUAACUGGCUCUUGAGCACUUCUGCAUUGAUGCAUUACUUUGUAUCGAUUGACACGAGGGGAAUAAUUGAUCGUGUGGUCAAUGACAACAUUUACUCAGACGAUGACUUGUUUCACUUACGUAUUCUGAAUGCUUUAUGUGCAUGCCACUUACAGACUGCGAUAGGAUUGGGAAGAUCGAUCAUGAUUGAUGAUAAUUGGUGGAAGGUGCAUAGGCUGACUGUUGUGUUUCCAAAUGCUACCAUCGGUGAUGCGAUACAAGUGGCACAAUUAGACCUUUUCAAAAUGUUGUUGAAAAUACUCAAAGAGCCUGAAUACUUUCAUAACAGUCAUUUUUUUGACUAUCUGGAAUCCGUGGACGGUUAUACCAUAUUCCAUUGUGAAGAUUUGAGAAUUUGGAGGACAAAAUGGGAAAAAAUUUUGUCGAAAGAUGUCUCCAAAAUCAGUCUAUAUUCAUACAAUUUUGCUUAUGUUUUGAUUGCUCGUAAAUUCGUCGACUUCAACUUGUCUGAGGAAAAGAGCAACUUUGGCAUUGCUUUUAAUACUGCAUCACAUUACUCAUUUGAACUUUUGAGUAACUUUCUUGAUUCGAAGGCAGACUUGAUCAAAGGUAUACCAUCAUUUCAACUUUGGGAGGUUGUCUAUGCAUGCAUUGCAUUAUUCGAGUACCUAGGGAAUCUAUCCAUUGAGGAGAGGAAAAAAGCGCUGAACAUUAUUUCGAGAACUUACUGGCAUUUGAACAAAAUGGGUCAGGAGCUCAAUGAUGCAACAGGAACAAUUGCCGAAAUAAUCAAAAAACUAGUUGAAAUGGCAAACAAAAACCAAGUUUUGCACAUUACUACCACACACGAUAAAGGAUUUGUGGGGAGUGGAUCUGUUACACGAAACAGCAUGUACAGUAGAAGAAAAAAUAGUCAGCAGCAAAAGAAACUUUCUCCAGAGGAUCUCCCAAGAUUCAUGGGUAACGAGAUACCUACGCAGUCCAGCCCAUUGCACGCUAUGAUGGAAAGCCCCCUCAAGAGUACUACUACUCAGGGUGCCGAAGAUAAGGUCAACGCCACAUCAAGUACCGGCAGUAACAUAGAUGAUAGUAAUGAUGGUAAUGAUGGUAAUGAAGGAUAUACCGAUAAUAAGCAUAUGUUAAGAACACCGGAACUGGACCAGUAUCAAUAUCAGCUCAAGAUGAAGAGCUGGCCUAGUGUCACUUUCAGCGAGCUGCGCACAACAAGCAGUGGCAACAGUAAUACAGGUAGCAAAGCUACCGGCUACAACUCUGUGAUGAAUUCUACUUCUGCCCCAACCGGUAUUCCUAACGGGUCACCAGGAGAGGUGUUUCAGCUUCCGGAUUUAGCUAACUUCAGCACCUUUGAUGAAUUCUUCAAGGAUCUUUUCAGCGACUAUCCCCUCUAGCACUUUGAGAUUCGACAUUAUAUAAGCAAAAUUCAAAAUAGAAAAACAUGUACCAUGUAAGUCA